CCCAGGUGCUAUCUCUUGUUUGUCGGUCUUAAGUACUUUCGUUUUGAUUUGGGAUGGUCGGCUGUCCAAAUAGUCGACUCUUCAAAUAAGCAUCAUGGUGAAAUCCAGGGAUGAAUUUAAAAUUUGACCACCCUGAUUGGUUAGUUGUUCCAUAUGACUGAUGCUGAUUGGCCAGACACUUGAGAAAAACGCUCCUCGUUUUAAUAGAAUAUUGUCUCAUAUCAUAGCGCGCACUUGCAGCUGGUUUGAGGAAUCGAAUUCAUUUUCAAUAAAAAAAAUUAAAGGACUUUUUUCAAACAAGAUGCGUGGAUCGUCUGCGUGUGUUAUCUUUUUGUUAUUCUUGUGCAUCGGGAAAAGUAUUCAGAAACUGAAUUUCGUUUAUGAAAAUGAUAAAUACAUUAUCAGAGCCAAAGCUGGGGCUGACAUCGGAGUUCGACUUUUGAAGUUCCAUACUGGCGCAAAACCCGAGUUAGACAGGAACGCUGGAUAUUACGGGUUCACACGUUACGAAAAAGGACAGGAUUUUGGGACAGUUUAUAUAGUGAAAGAUGUGGUUAUCAAUGCGACUACCCCAUGCCCUUGCAGAAACACGGCACAUGCACGGGCAUUUCGUUCUGUUACUGAGAAUAAAUGCCCGAGCGAAUUUAACGGACAGGAGAAUAUCAUUGCGUCAGGAUUCUGUUAUCGCUGGGCGCCUUUCGAAGACGGCAAAUGGGGGUUCGAUUCUGUGACAUUUAACUCAGUUAGGUCGAUAUUCUCCGAAAACUCGUACCUGAAUAGACUCUAUCAUGAUGAUGACGAGAAAACAAUUAUGCACCCCGAUGAACAAGCUAUUCUACGUUACUGCAUGAAAGAAUGGCUGGUCAAAGAUUAUAAUGAUUGUUUUGCGUCGAACGCCCGCCAUGCCCCUCGGCCUAGAAUUUCGCUGACUUGCGAUGGAUGCAAACCUGCCUUGCACGUUACUCUGAUGCUUCUAACGGGACUGCUAGCUUAUUGUUCAAAUAAAAUUUAGGAAAAAGAUGUGCUCAUGAUAUUUAAAAUGCCCCUCAAGCACUUAAUAAUGACUCUUAAUUAGUCAAAAACACAUUUCGUUCCAUCUUCCAGGAUGGAAAUAUUUCCCGCUCUUUAUAGUUGGGGGUCAAAUAAUAACCAAGUAUAUUAUGUAUCAAUGAUUUAAGAUACUCUGAUUUCACAGACUUUAUAUUUUCCUUUAUAUGACUAAUUGUAUGAUGUCCAAUGAUUACAUGUUAAAAUAGUAUUUAAUCCGUGUAAUUCAAAUUUACUGUAAAAAUGGCUUUAUACACGCACUCGCAAAAUUACUCCUGAAUAAAUGGAAAAAAUAGAACUAUAUAUACGAUUAUUUGUGUUCAGUGUAAGAAAUCGUGCACAAAUUAAUUA